AAUUAAUCCAUACUAGGUACUAAUAAAAACGAAUAAAAGGAAAGCGUUCGGUAUCGAAGUUUGAGAACUUCAAAAGUUGUGUUGCCUUUUUUAAUUAAUAGAGUAAGCAGCUCAUCAGCUCGCCAUUCCAUGCCCUUUGGUACAAAACUGUAACCCAUUCCUGGGACCAAUCUUCUCUUCUUUCUCCAACUCCCAUGCCUCGAUCUCUCUCUCUUUCUCUUUCUCUUCCUCAUUGUUGCUCAGCACUCAGCAGCUAGUUCAUAUAUUUCACUGGGCUCAUCACAGAAUCAACUUCCGAUGAACCUCUGUUUCAUUUGAUUGCUUGGAAACAUGUUCCCACCAUUGCUGAUCUUGUUCAUCCUCUGUAACACUAUUCACCUCUCAACUUGCCAUUCUCAUUCUCCUCCUCCUCCUCCACCUUUACACUGCAACGAGACAUGCGGGGAACUCUCGAUUCCCUUCCCCUUCUUCCUCUCGAACUCCUCCUGCUCUGCUUCUCCCUCCACAGCAGCAGCAUUCCGUCUCACCUGCUCCAACUCCACCGCUCUUUUCCUCACCAUCAACGCCGACAGAUACAGAGUCCUCCAGUUCUUCCCGGAAGGUGUCCUCGUAGAUUUCCCUGCAUCCACUUGCCGCCAGUACUACAACCUCAACGCCUUCCCCUUCGCCGGGAACCGCUACUUCGGGAUAUCGGAAGAGAACGUCGUCGGGCUAUACGAUUGCGACGAUUCCUCGCUGUGCAAGCCUGGUUGCGAGACGAUCGAUUACCCCGGCUGCGACGGGGACAGCAACGGCUCCCCUGCUUGCUGCUACCCUCUCUCCGAUCGCAGUUCCUGGGAUUUGGGAGAUGGGUUCAGUGUCUUCUCCAACUUUGGAUGCAGGGGAUUCACCUGCUGGGUGGUGCCCAGAGGGGCUGGUGUUGGGAAGCGCGGGGUCAAAUUGGAAUGGGCGCUCCUUGGCAAUUCGUCGAACAGGUUGUGUGCGUCCGAUGCGGAUACAGUCAAUGCCACCACUGUCCAAGGGGGGCUAAGGUGCGUGUGCCGAGACGGGUUCGUCGGCGAUGGAUACGCCGGCGGCGGAGGUUGCUUGAAAACUUGUGUUAAGGAUGGCCGAGAAGCUCGCGGCGGCGACUGCUUGACCAGACGGCGGAGCAGGAAGAUGGUUUCCAUUUUAGCCGGAAUCCUGGGACCAAUAUUCGUCGUUGCGACGUUAACUGCGUUGUUCUGCCUGCUAAAGCGGCGUACAAAUGGCGGGACGUACGAGCCAAACAAGAACAAAUUGCAGAACACCUUGUCCUUCAGAAAGCCCUGGACGACCCGUUCCUUCACCUACAGGGAGCUGGAGGAAGCUACCAAUUGCUUCGACGACGGCCAGAAGCUGACCGACGCAACUUCGAGCGGCGCAAUCUACGCCGGGCUGCUCGCCGACGGCUCGCCGGUGGCGGUUCACAAGGUGGAAUGCCGGAACCAGCAAGAUCUGAGCCAGGUCCUCUCGCGAAUCGAAGUCCUCUCCGCCGUCUUCCACCGAAACAUGGCUCGAAUCAUCGGCUGCUGCAUCGACUGCGGCUACACCCCGCUGGUCGUCUACGAGUUCCCCGGGAACGGCACCGUGGAGGAGCACUUACGCCGCCGCGAAGCCGGCGGCCUCGAUUGGUACCAGAGGCUAAGCAUUGCCGCGGAGACGGCGAGCGUGCUCGCUUUCCUGCAGCAGGAAGUUUCUCCCCCAAUUUUCCACCACAAUCUCAGAUCCGGGUGCCUGUUCCUCGACGAUUGCCACUCGGUCCGCGUUGCCGGUUUCAGGCUCCACAUCGGAUCCGAUAUCGGCGGGGGGAUUGUGCACCGGAGCGACGUCUACGAGUUCGGUUUGCUGCUGCUGGAGAUGGUGGCCGGGACGAAGAGCAGGGAGCUCCCUGCGGCGGCCAUGCAGAGGAGCGGGAAGGUAGAGGAGAUUGUGGAUCCGAAUCUGUACUACCACGAGCAAACGGCGUUCCGGCGGGAGCAGAUCGAGGCGGUGGCGGAUCUGGCGACGAGGUGCUGGCUGUUCGGCCGGGAAGGGAAGAUCGGGAUAGCGGAAGUUGCCAAGGAGCUGGUUCACAUCGCCAAGGAGAGCGGCGACGGCGGGAGCAGGAGAGGGCCGGCGCUGGAGGAGACAUUCUCCAAUUCCAGCUUACUUCAGAUGAUUUCAAUGUCUCCCGAUUCCAUUUAUGUGCAUUAAGCUUGGUCUUACUCGUAUCAUCGUCUAUGGGUCCGCCGCCUGCCUGGCGCCUGCUACUUGCUGCUUAUUUUAUUUGUUUCUUCUGCACUUUGAUCAGUAAUGUACAGCAACGAUUUGAGGGUUGUUGGUGGUCACUUAAGUUAGGGUCGCAAAUGAUCCAAAUUAAGUCGAGUUUGAUCUAAUUUGAGCUCAAUUCGUUAAUAAAGGCUUUAUAGCUUC